CUGGCAUAUGAACCUGCGGUUGUUAUUUUUACCAUUACCAGAUGCAAAACCUCGACUAUACAGUCUGUAGGCUACUCAAACACCCACAUGCGACAAAAUGCUCCUCGUUGCUCUUUCCCGACAAUACCCCUAGAAUGCGGUACAAUUUAUCAUCUCGUCAUCCCUGUUUUCCAAUCGUGGUAAACUAGGUGAUUCAGGUGGGCGGAGCGCAGUCACUGAGAGCCAACGACUGCAGUGGAUUGUCAAGCACAGACGUGCUUUAAAGAUACGAUUUAAACUGACAAUAAAAAACACGAUGGCCGUAGAAGAAAGACUGAACUCUGAAGAGGUAAACCCAGAAUUUCCAGAAAAUGGCUCUGUGGCUACCGAAAACACUUCUUCGGGGGUGCUCCGUGAAUAUGACGAAUCUGUGGCGCCUUAUCUUGGGGGAUUUGGGAAAUACCAGAAACAACUAAUUCUCCUAACCUGGAUCCCCGCUUUGUUUAUUGGAUACAGCCAGAAUUCAGACUCUCUUCUUUUAGCCCAGCCCGGCUACACUUGUAAAUCUGCUACUGUGACUUUGGGAAAUACGACAAUAAACCCGGUUUCAUAUGUAAAUACAACAAAUGACAGCAGGACUGCUUAUAUUCAUGGGAAUGACAGUAGCAACGAUAUCAACAAGGCAGAUUGUCUGUGCUUUGACAGGAAAUACAACUUAAGCAUUGGGCUCGUACAAAACGUGGUCACCAAAUGGAACUUGGUGUGCGAUUCAACCUGGAAGGUACACAUUGCCAAGUUUUCUCUACUGGUUGGUUUAAUCUUUGGAUAUUUGGUGAUGGGAGUUUUGGCCGAUUGGUUCGGACGACAGCCUGUACUUAUCGUCUCAGUUUUUUUCAUAUUAAUCUUUGGACUAACAGUCGCUCUUUCUGUGAAUGUGACCAUGUUUAGCACACUGAGGUUCUUCGAAGGAUUUUGUCUGGCAGGAAUCAUUCUUACCCUGUAUAUAAUGAGGAUUGAGAUGUGCGAUCCAGGAAACCGGUUUAUGGUGACCAUGGUGGCGAGCUUCAUUGCAUUGCUGGGUCAGCUUCUUUUACCAGGCCUGGCUGCCCUCUGCAGGGACUGGCAAAUUCUACAGGCAGUUAUCAUCUGUCCCUUCAUUAUCAUGAUCUCCUUUAUAUGCAUUUUCCCAGAAUCUCUGCGCUGGCUUCUGGCCACACAGCAGUAUGAGAAGGCAAAAAGCUUAAUUCUCCAAAUCAACAAAAAGAACAGAGUGGAUUCCGAGACUGACGUUAAGGGGAUCAUGCCUGAACUGGAAAGAGAACUUACUAAGAAACCUAAGAAAACUUGUAUCGUAAAAGUGGUAGGGACUAGAAACCUAUGGAAGAACAUCUUGGUUCUCUGUGUAAACUCGCUCACUGGGUUUGGGAUCCACCAUUGCUUUGCCAGAAGUAUGAUGAAAAACAAGUGGGAAAAUACUACAGUUUCACACAACAGCGAUAUCCACAACAUGAUGCUCAGCAGUUUCUACGCAGACUAUUACACCAUGGCGGGGAUUGCAGUGGCCUCCUGUCUGGCCAUGUGCCCUGCAGUGGGGUUUAUGGGCCGGAGAGGGGGCCUGCUAAUGUUUAUGAUCCUCACCGCCCUGGCAUCACUGCUGCAGCUGGGCUUCCUAAACUUAAUCGGAAAGUACAACCUUCAUCAUGACACAGAUUUAAAAGAGACUAUCAACAGAAAGUUCUCCAUUGCCUUUUCCAUCAUAGGAAUGUUUUCAUCCCAUGCUGUCGGGAGCCUGAGCAUUUUCUUCUGUGCGGAAAUCACCCCCACAGUCAUCAGGGGUGGAGGGCUGGGCUUGGUUCUGGCAAGCGCUGGGUUUGGAAUGCUGACCGCCCCCAUCAUGGAGCUGCAUAACCAGAAAGGCUACUUCCUGCACCAUGUGAUUUUCGCCUGCUGCACCCUUAUCUGCAUUAUCUGCAUUCUGCUGCUGCCCGAGAGCAGGCGCCAAAACCUUCCAGAGACCAUUUCAGACGGGGAGGGGUACAUGCGACAACCCCUGCUGCCGCCAAAGAAGGGGGGCGAGCAGCCUCUCUUGUUAACAAACUCUGAGCUGAAGGAUUAUUCGGGAAUCCACGAAACUCCUGUCCAUCGCGCAGCCAGCUCUGAAAGCAACACAGCUAAUGUGGUGAAAUCCUCAUGAUUGGUUUGCCUCCUGGUGAAUCCAUAGUUUGUGGCUGAGGAAGCAGAGAUUGUUUUGCACCGGUCUGAGCAAAGAAAAAAACUACAAUAAAAAAUGAUUGCUUUGAUUCAAUUAGUUCACUCGGUUUAGUUGAUCAUUGCUAAACAUGUGGGGUUCUUGUAUAACCAUCACAUCUAAAGUGAAGGACGUGGGAGAUGUCAUUGAAGAGGAUUUUAGUAAAUAAAUCAUUUAAAGACUUUUCAGGCAUUUAAUAAACAAGGCGGCAUUAAAUCAGAUGUGGUAGAUGACAAAAUGAGUGGUGGUGGUUUAGUGAUCUCACCGGUUUAUUAAAUAGCAAUUUUGAUGAUUAAUCAUGAAAAUUGGUGAUAUAGUACUGAUCACAUUUAACCAACAUAUACAACUAUGACUGGGUUUUGGUUAAAAAAUAGGCUAAACUUCAAACCCACUUUAAAAAAAAAAAAAAAAAAAAAAGAAACCUGGUUGAGCUGUAUAAUAUUUUGGGUCUGUUUUGAGGAGUUUUUACAGCCAGUUGUAAUGUGCUCUUAAGUGUUUUAUUGUGAUGUUCCUGGUUCUGUUUUCAGGUCAUUUAGUUCUAAACCACUCUACUGGAAUGUAAAAAAUAAUGUAUGAUUUUACCUUGUUUACUGUGUUAUUUCAAAGUGAAUUCUAUCCAACUUUGCACAUUUUACAAGUCAUGGGUCAUGUUUUUGCUUGAAAUAUUUGAGGAUUUGAUGAGACCGCUUAUAUUAGUUAAACACUUCUGAGCAAUUAUUGGGAAUCGCAGGGUUUGUUUGCCCUCCAUAGCUAUUUAUAGUAUAGCUCACAACUUUAUUCUUUUAGCAUAGUUGAGCAUUUUAGCAUACACAGAACAUGCACUGCUAAUAGAGCACUGUUAAAGCCAAGUUUGUGUGAUUUAAGAAAACUGUUAUUUUCCUAACCCUCAACCUGAAAAACAUAGAUGACCCACGUAUACAAAAUAAAUAAUAAUUUGAAUACAAACUACACUGCAAUCUAAAAAAUGUGGUGAAGGAUUUUAUUAAUGAAUGAAUACAUAGAUGAAUGUACACUAAUCACGUUUUUUUUUAUCAUGUUUUUUAUUCUAAUGCAUUUGUGUAUAAGCCAUACAUGUUAAAAUAAACAAGUUUAUUUAUUAAUUCCUAAUUUUAAUGUACAUAAUAACAUAUACUUUCUUUUUUUUAUUUAGAAGAUGAGGAAAUUGAUGGCUGGGGUUCUGUACAUGUUGCAGGUUUAGUUAAGGUGGGGAUUUCCUGGAAAUCUUCAUUUCCAGGAUCAAUUGGACCACAGUCUGUGUAUCCCUUGUGUUUUCUCAAACUAAGGAAAGCUUUCCUCCUACUGCAUACUCCUCCAAUCUAGAAAUCAAAAUCAUAACCACUUGCCAAAUUUCUUGAAAUGACUGGUGUAAAAGGGACCAAAUCACUGCUCUUGCCACUCAGAGAAAGGAGCAGUAGUGACAGUUCCUGAUGACUCCCCCUCAUUCAUGCUGCGUUCCAGUCACAGCUGAAUGUCAUCACCACUGGCACUGCCAGUAAGCAAACCAGAAGCUUUGAGAAGGCAGUCUUUAGUAGUUUGCCAUGUCUCAAUUUCUUAUCAGAUCAAAAAGACAUUUAAAAUAAUAUACAGCUUUGACCAAACGUUUAUCACCCUAUAGAAUUAACUGAUUUUACUUCAAAAAGUUGUAUGAAACCUGGCUCCCGAGUGGCGCAUCCUGUAAAGACGCUCCACGUGAAGUGCAGGAUGCGCUCUAUAGUCUGGACGUCGUGAGUUCGAGUCCAGGCUAUUCCUUUGCCGACCGAGGACGGGAGCUCCCAGUGGGCAGCGCUCAAUUGGCCGAGCACAGCCCGGGGGGAGGGAAAGCUAGGUAGGCCAGGGUGUCCUCGGCUCACCAUGCACCAGAGACCCCUGUAGUCUGGCCGGGCGCCUGCGGGCUUACAUGUAAGCUGCCUGAGAGCUGCGUUGUCCUCCGACGCUGUAGCUCUUGGGUGGCUGCAUGGUGAGUCCGCAGUGUGAAAAAAAAGCUGUCAGCUGACAGCACACGCUUCGGAGGACAGGAUGUGUUCGUCUUCGCCCUCCCGAGUCAGUGCAGGGGUGGUAGCGCUGUGCUGAGCCUAAAAAUAAUUGUCCAUUUCCAAAUUGGGGAGAAAAUAAUAAAAAUAAUUGACAACUAAAUUUAUAUUUAAAAAAAAAGAAAAAUUGAUUUACAGUAUAAUUGUAAAUCUCAAAAAACUACUCACUUCUAAAUCUUUUGUAGUCAUUUUUGUAUUACUUUAGUAUAAAUACAUGUUAAUUUGGAUACAUAUGUUGUUUUUUUCUGACUUUAUGUGAACGAAAAGACACAAAUUCGCCCGUUUUCUCAUUGGAAAUAGGUCAAUUUCAAAAUAUCACUGUCCUGGUCACAAAAGCAAAGUUUGUGGGGAAUAAUAUCCAUUUUCUAUACUUUUGAGGCAUAAGCAAUUAGGAAAUAACACUUACUACCCAGGAACCAAAAAAAAAAAAAAAAUUGUUACACGGUGUAAUUUCCCAUAUACUUAAUGAAAAACUGACAAAAAUUGAUAUCUAAUAUGAAAUACUGUAACGCUAUUGUGGAUUUCGGUAGACUUUU